CCGCCUUUAAUUUUCUCUUUUUUCAGUUUGACUGACACACGCUUUCAUUUCCUCCCCGCUCUUCUUCCCUCUUUACAAUUUUAUUUUUUACAAUUGUUUCACUUUCCGUCUUAUACUUUCCAUUGUUUUUAUAUCAAUUUGUCACAAGCAGAGAUACUCGUAAUUUAUUGGCCUUAAGCUGCGCGAUUUUUCAAUACACCCUUUUUUGUCUUUUCUUAUUUUCACAAUCGCUCAUUUCUAUUAUUUUCUCCAUUUGAAUCGAUAACCAAAAAAAAUUAUUACAGAUAUCAAUGGAGGACAGACGCACAAGCCCGGGCAGCGGGUCGACUUGGUUCACAGCGCGUCGUAGUUUACAGUCAGGUGCCGACUCUGACGACACUCCUGUCAACGCAAUUCCUUCCACCAGGACAGUCGCAACCUCGACUGCCAACUCAAAUAGAAGCGCCCAUCGGAGAAGCCAGAUAGCAAGGUGGCCCCGGCCAAUAGCAGAGUUUUUGGAGUCACAAGCUUUCCAUGGCAUUCAAGAUUCCGACCGUGCUGUCAUUCUUGGUGGUGGUGAUGGUUUUGGUGCUGAUGCCAAUACCGACUAUUAUGAUGAUGACAGCGAGGAGGAUAGCCGCCACUUGGACCCGCGAAUGUUUAAUGGUGAUUAUGAAGAUGUCAGCCACGACGAGAUGGAGGAAGACGCGGACGAGGAUAUGGAAGAGUAUGAUGAGGACGAGGAUGCCGAUGAGAUUGACCAUGACGAUGCCCAUGAGCGUGAUGACGGCGUGAGCGAGCACGACAGUAGCAUGUCCUCUGAGCCCGAAAAUAAUGACGAUGACUCGAGCAAUAGUGACAGUGAUGUUGGCAAUUUCAACAGGGAUCGACCUGGCGCUAGAGGCAUUGGCGGCAGCGUCAGAGGGCAUACUGCCACUCGCUCGUUUGAAGACCUUCCAUCUCUGGCAUUGGCUACCUCCCGCUCGGGCAGCAGAACAACAAGCCAAUCACCCGCCAGCGAGCGGUACGUCAACACACCCUUCUUGCCAAAGUACUUGGAGGAAUCUGCCUUUGGCAUGCUUAAUCGCCACUUGUUUGCGAAACCGGACAAAACAGCGGGUGGAGCCGCCUCCGGCGCAGAUAGCGGAGAAGCGGCAGGUGGAAAUUCGGGCCUAUUCUCAAGCUCUGCUGACUGCGAGUCAGAGAUAGCUCGUCUGGCGCCAGACAUGUUUUUCAAAACGCUUGUGCGGGACACCUGGCCGCAAUACUGCACGCCAGUGCCCACGACGUCCACAUUCAACGGGCUUAGACUCGGCUACGGCCUUGAUCUCGCCGCCCAGCCCAGAAGUGCGCCUGCACAACAGAUUCCGACUCCACCCCUGCCGCCGUCUCGGCCCGCGCCCACGUCUGUGAUGGUUCCGCUGUUAGCCCAAACGGGCAAUCAUUCUCGCGACGUAUUUGUCCCGUUUGGGCGCAACGUGAGCGGGAGCCCGGAGCCGUCUUUUACGAUUGAGCGCUACGCAGACAUUCUUGCUCGCGGUCGCGAUUCCCACUCUGCUCGCUUGGCGGCAUUGGGUGGGGGGCGAACGCGGACAGCAGCGGGGGCAACAGCCGACACAUCGGCCGCCGCGCAGGCCGCGCUAGAAGAAAAGAAGCAGACACUGCCUAGCGAGUGGUCGCCCGUCAAGAAUCCCCUCAACAUGGCCGUGGCAUCUGACCGGGUCGAUGUGCGCUACACUGGGCCUGGCCGCACGGACGGGGACGCAGCGAUGAUCCUGACCAACAACUGCAUCCCCAUGCACACAGGUGUGUACUACUUUGAGGCGUACAUCAAGAGCCGCGGACAGAGCGGAUACAUCGGGAUUGGCUUGUCGCGGAAGCACGUGCAGAGGAGCCGGCUGCCUGGAUGGGACGAGGGCUCGUGGGGGUACCAUGGCGACGACGGAAAUGUGUUCGACUGCGACGGACGCGGCACGCCGUUUGGGCCAGGCUUUGCGAGCGGCGACACGGUCGGCUGUGGCAUGGACUUUAUGAAGAAGCGGAUCUUCUUUACGCGCAACGGCGUUUUUGUCGGAUACGCGUUCAGGGAAAUCGACACGAGCAAGCCGCUGUACCCGUGCGUGGGCAUGCGGACGCCGGGCGAGCACGUGGUGGCCAACUUUGGGCGCAAGGCGUUUAUGUAUGACAUCUGCCAUUAUGUGAGCGAGGCACGCACGGAGGCACUGGGUUUGGUACAGAAAGCUAAUAUUUCGUGCGAGCUGCCGCCAGCCAAUGCGGCAGAUGCAGAGUACUCGGCCCAGUCCAAAGACCCGCUUCAGCCCCGAAACAUACUCGCCCUGCGUGACGAGCUUCUUGGCGGUGUGCCGCUAAGCGGUGGCUCCAACACAGACACCGACCGCGGCGACGCGGCGCUCAGCAUUGUGCUUGCGCAGCUGCUGCACAAUGAGCACUAUGCGACUGCGCGCGCGCUAAUCGAGAACGCAAUUGGCCAGCGAAGCUCGUGCAAGACAGCUUCGGACGCCGGCUCCCAAAAAAGGAACGAGCGCUUGGAGGCUGUGCUUCAAACACUGCAGCAGCAGGACUCGCAACGGGCAACGCGUAGGCGGGUGUGCAAGCACAUUCGCGAGGGCGCCAUUGACGCCGCGCUGGGGCUGUUGCAGGACGCGUACCCGGCGGUGCUGCGCAACGAGGUGAUUGUGUUCCAGCUGCGGUGUCGUCAGUUUGUCGAGCUGGUUCGCGCGGCCAACAGCGACCACAUUGUGGCCAGCGUGCCCAGCGACGGCGGCCAGCUGGCAACGCCGUUGGGGGCUUCGCCGAGCCAUAGCGGCGCCGACGAUAUGAUGGAUGUUGAUGACUCGCACUCGCCCUCGCUCCUGUCGCUCUCUUCCAUCACCAACGCACCGGGGCUUAUGAGGCAAGUGCGCUUUGGCCAGCUCGGCAAUAUUGACGGCAUGGAUCAGACGCAGCUGGUGCGCGUGCUGCUGGACUAUGGGCGCCAGCUGCAGGCCGACUACAGCUCGUCCCCCAGCGCGAUCGUGCGCGAAGGCUUGGUGCACACUUUUUCGCUGCUAGCGUAUGCUGAUCCGGCCAAGAGCCCCGUUGCGGCAUUGCUCGAUCCAUCGGCGCGUGAGCCCCUGGCUCGCCUUGUUGAGAUGGCCAUUGUGGCUGCGGAAAAUUCCCCGCACAUGUCUGCUCUCGAGUGCAUAUGUCGCCAGACUGGUACAUUGCUGCGCGAGCUCAGUGCCCAGCGCAAUGGAGCUGCGUCGCUGUUGUCGCUUGAUCGAGACUUUUUGAGAGUAGACAACUGAAUGAAGUUCAACUUUAUAUACAUACAGAAUGAGUGCUUCGAAACAUUAGCUUAUUAAAUUUCGUAUUGAUUUAUUAAUUUAUAGUCGUUAGGAACUGAACGAAAA